AUGCCAGUGACAUUUGUUGAUUUCAUCUGGUUGCAGGGCAAUAACUCCCACCAUGUUCAAUGACACUGAGUCGUCGUCUCCUUCAUAUUCGCUUUCAUUCCACUUUUUCUCCAUCAGUACGAGGAACCCCUUUAACCCAUCUCGUCCAAUGCAACCGGAAGAUCCAAGAGCUUUCACAACUUGGUCGACUUGCCGAGGCGCGCCGGGUGUUCGACUCAAUGUGUCAACGAGACUCCGUCUCCUGGAACUCCAUGAUUACUGGGUAUACCCGGUACGGGAUGUUGGAAGAAGCUCGAGCGCUGUUUAAUGCGUUCCACGGCAAAAAUGUUAGAACUUGGACGAUUUUGUUAACUGGGUAUGCCAAGCAUGGGCUAGUGGAUGAAGCUAGAGUGGUGUUUCAGUCGAUGCCGGAGCGAAAUGUUGUUUCUUGGAACGCUAUGAUCAGUGGGUAUGUGCAAAAUGGUCGGUUGCAGUGUGCUAAAGAGUUGUUUAAUCAAAUGCCAGAGAGAAACGCUGCAUCAUGGAACUCGAUGAUUACAGGGUAUUGUCGUUGUGGGAUGAUGAGUGAAGCUCAUGAGCUUUUUCAUCAAAUGGAGGAGAAGAAUUCUGUUACUUGGAUGCUUAUGAUUUCUGGAUUCGUUGAAAUUAGUGAGUAUCGGAAAGCAUGGAUUUUCUUUUCAAUUAUGUUUCGGCAUGGAGUGAAGCCGAACCAGGCCAAUUUAGUUGUUGCCUUAUCAGCGGCAAUGGGUUUGAAAGAAAUAAGGUUGGUUGAAAAUUUAAGAACUGUGGCUAUGAAGACAGGAUAUGAGGGGAAUGUGGUUGUGGGGACAGCAAUUUUGAAUGCUUAUACAUGGAAUGGGAGUUUGGAUCAUGCCUUUAAAUACUUCGAGACAAUGCAGGAAAGAAACGAAUACUCAUGGAGUACCAUGAUUGCAGCGUUUUCGCAGUGUGGUAGAUUGGAUGAUGCUAUUUCACUAUAUGAGAGAAAUACUGAAAAGGGUGUUGCUACAAGGACGACUAUGAUGACUGCUUAUGCGCAGAAUGGGAGAAUUUAUGAAGCCAGACUUAUAUUUGAUGAAAUUGAAAACCCCAAUGUGGUUACAUGGAAUGCUAUGCUUGCCGGCUAUGCCCAAAAUGGAAUGCUUGAGAAAGCAAAAGAUAUGUUUUUUAGAAUGCCCAAACGGAAUCCUUCUUCAUGGGCGGCUAUUAUAUCUGGGUUUGCCCAAAAUGGAGAAACCCAAGAAGCUCUGAAGUUCUUCGCUGAGCUUCUUAAUUCAGGAACUAUUCCAAGUCCUUCGAGUUUCACUAGUGCUCUUUCUGCUUGCGCAAACAUUGGAAAUGUUGGGGUGGGUAGACAGAUACACUCGCUCGCCAUUAAAACAAGUACCCAUUUCAAUUCAUUUGUUGGGAAUGGGUUGAUCUCCAUGUAUGCAAAGUGCAAAAACAUAGAAGAUGUAACACAAGUUUUCAGUAAAAUGACAGCAAGGGAUUGUGUAUCUUGGAAUUCUCUAAUUGCUGGGCUCUCAGAAAAUAAUAUGUUGGAUGAAGCUCGAAAAACUUUUGAAAAUAUGCCACAAAAAGAUGUGGUGUCUUGGACUGCUAUUAUUUCAGCUUACGAGCAAGCUGGGCAAAGAGAUACUGCCUUCAAAUUAUUCCUUGAAAUGUUAGACAGAGGUUUGAAACCAAACCAGUUAACAGUUACUAGCCUUCUAAGUGCUUGUGGGUACCUUGGUGCAAGAAAGCUUGGGGAACAGGUUCAUGUCCUUGUACACAAGCUUGGGUUGAAUUCUUGUUUGUUCGUUUGUAAUGCUUUGAUUACAAUGUACUUCAAGUGUGGAAGUCUAGAUGGCCUUUGCAUCUUCAAGGAGAUGCCUGACCGGGACAUAGUCACAUGGAAUGCUGUUUUAGCUGGCUGUGCACAAAACGGAUUAGGUAAAGAAGCCAUAAAAAUCUUCCAGCAUAUGGAAGCUAUUGGGACUUUGCCAAAUGAAAUAAGUUAUAUAGGGCUUUUAUCUGCUUGUAGCCAUGCUGGUUUAGAGGAUGAGGGAUGGGCCUAUUUCAAUUCUAUGCGCCAAAAUUAUGGAAUUACCCCCUUGGUUUAUCACUACACUUGUAUGGUUGAUCUCCUUGGGAGGGCCGGGCGGCUUUAUGAAGCUGAAGCCCUCAUUGAAAAAAUGCCUGUAAAACCAGAUUCUGUGAUUUGGGAAGCCCUUCUUGGUGCCUGUAGGAUCCAUCGUGAUACCAAACUUGGUCAGAAAGUGGCUGAAAAUCUUUUCAAAAUGGGGACCACAAGAUCUGGUACCUAUGUUUUAUUAUCAAAUAUGUACGCUUCUCAAGGUAUGUGGGAGAAAGUUGGCCAAACAAGGGAAUUGAUGAAAGAAAGGGGAGUGAUUAAAGAACGUGGAAUCAGCUGGAUUCAAAUCAAGAAUAAGGUGCACUACUUUCAAAUGCGAGAUAUGGAUCAUGAUGAAAUUGAAGAGAUUAACUUAAUUUUAAGUGAACUGUACAGAAGGUUCAGAGCAACAGGAUAUGUGCCAGACACAAACUUUGUACUUCAUGAUGUGGAAGAGGAGCAAAAACAAGAUGAGCUUCUCUACCACAGCGAAAAACUUGCUGUCGCCUAUGGGAUCAUGCACACACCAAAUGGGGCUCCAAUUCAAAUUCUGAAGAACCUCCGAAUAUGUGGGGACUGUCACUCUUUCAUGAAAUACAUUUCCAGUGCUGCCAAACGCAAGAUCGUUAUUCGAGAUGGAAAUAGGUUCCACCAUUUUCAAGAUGGUCUGUGUUCUUGUGGAGAUUACUGGUGAUCUUGUUGGACUGCUGAAACCUACGCCUCCAACUGAACAUCUUAGAAAUCAUAGAGCAGGAGUACCAUAUUUGAAAGGCGAAAAAUAUCCAAUUUCUAUUGAGAUUUAAUUUUUGAGAUUUUUUACUCAAGGGCCCAAUAAUGGAUGAAAUUAUAAAAUUUUAAGAACAUAUUAUAUGAUAUAUCAAACACUUGGGCAGGAAACAUGGUUUUACUGUAUCCUAAUAACCGCACGACGAUUCUGCUAAAUGUAAAGACAAAGCUCAUUGAUUUAUUGAUAUAUAACAUGGUUAGAGGUAAAGUAUAUCUCUUUUUCUUGCUUGUAAA